AUGGUUCUGCCGUACUACGACUACCUUUCUUUGACUCACAGCACUCGCAACGACCCUGGCGCAGGCCACUGGGAGAGAGUGGAAGAUUGGCCAAAGACUCACAUGUACACUCCGACUUACGAACUGGUACUGCAGGCACCCGCAACCUCUCAAGCAUACUAUGCCAACCUCCCAAACUCGCAAGCGACGUACUACUGGUCGGGUAAUGCCACCCAGGCUGCUGGCUACUACUACUCGAACGGCCAGUACUACGGCGCCACUGCCCCUGCAACUACAGGUUGGCCCUACACCUCUUCUCCUUCGUACCCCUACUACUACAGCCCAUCGUCUUCUUAUCCGAGUACUUACUCCUACCGCAUUCGAUACUCCUAUCCAUACAAAUACUUACAAUCGUACUAUGCAGCCCCGAUCCAAACCUGGCCCGCCUCUUGGUCGGCUCCAAGUGCAUGGCCUGCCGCAAGAUGGCCUAGUGGAGGAUGGAACACUGCUGCAGCUCAAGCCGCCUACUACAUCUCUCAGAACACUGUCUUGGCCCAGGCUCCGGCAGCUCCGAUGUAUUUCGUGGGCUCGACUCCGGCCGAGAUCGCCGCUCAGAAUGCUCAGAUUGCCAGUUUGAUGGGUAUGUCUGUUCCCGCCAAUAAUCAGCUCAUUCCAUACAAGCCGAGCAACAACCCACAGUUUUGGUGCAAAGAGCUGGAUGGCAGCUGGACUCUGAGAGAGCAGAACGACUUCGUCAUGGGCGAACUUGGAAAUGGAGCUUGGGAGCGGCACCCAACCAGUGGCUAUCACUACUAUGUCAGAGCUCCCACCUGA